AUGCCGGAACACGAGGGCUCUCUCAGUCCAGAGGCAAAGGAGCAGAGAAUGUCCUCGCCAGACGAUUCCGAGAAGGAAACAGAGGCCUUCGAAGAUGCUGUUGACACGGGCUCGAUUCGCUCCCUGACUAAACGAAAACCGUCCACUCCCCAGCAAAAAGCAAACCAGAGAGCAGAACAGGCAAAUGUGAGAGCAGAGUCUGACGUGGAGGAUGAGUCUCCAAAGCCUGUUGUGGAGGAGGGAAACCCAGACAGAGGAGAGCAGGAGCAAGAGGAAAAGAAUAAGUCCACGCAGCGUUUAUCUGCCACGUCGGCUGUAUCUCUAGAUAAUGUCAGCCUGGACGACGACUCGGCCGCUGCUCAAAAAGAGGACAAGAGUCCCUUGGAAAAAGAGGCGUCGAGAACGAUUUCCUUGAGCAGCAUCACCAACGCCCUGCCGUCGAUGCCAUGGUCCCCCCCAGCCACAAACGAACAACUCCCUAGAAGCCAAGUUGCCUCCCCACCCGUACUCGCUGCAGCACCACCGCCUCCAACAAGAAAGCUCACCAGUGCAUUCUCGUGGUUGUCGAGGAAUUCCACCAAGGACCCGACUGCAGUCUCUCCACCAGCAGCCAUAUCUCCGAGGAGGAAUACGGCAAGCUCGAUCGCAACUCUGACUAGUAAUCCCGAGAUGAUGCUCAGCAAACUGGAAGAGGAGAGAGACGGGGAUGCUGGCAUAAAUGGGAUGAGAAACAGCCUGAAAGAUCGAUUCAAGUUGCUGCGGAUGAGGGAGGAAGCAGGCCUCGCCAUGCCGAACCCCGAAGACGACAAGACCGGCAGCACCAUCGGCAGUUUGAUAAGCAGGACGGGAACAGUUGGCCUUGGCAUCCCCUCGAGCAGCUCCAGUGGAAACGACGAAAGGGAAGGGGGCCUGGCUAUUCAACCCCCCUCAUCACCCGUCCCUCCCAGCCCCAAUCCUAACCUGGCGCCAGGGACAGCCUCGGGCUUCACUGCCGGGCCAUCUGCUAUGGCCGAUGUGCCUGUGGACUGGGACCUCUGGCAGUCGGUUGUCUACGAGGGCCCUGCUGCCGUGGCACGUACGAGUGCCGAGGAGUUGAACAAGGCCAUAGCAACUGGCAUCCCCAAUGCCAUACGUGGGGUUAUCUGGCAGGUGCUGGCCCAGAGCAAGAACGAGGAGUUGGAAGUGGUAUACCGAGAGUUAGUUGCUAGAGGCACAGACAAGGAAAGGAAGCGGAAUAGCAAUGGCACGGCGAGCACAACCAGCAAUGGCAACCUCAGCAUCCAGAGGGAGCCCAUGUCGUCGGCAUCCUCAGUCCACUCGGACCAGGCCGGUGCAAUUAAUGGCAGUGGAACUCCCUCUCCCACCGAGAGGGACUCAGAGGCCGCCCUGAGGUUGCAUACUACAGCAGCAGUGGAGCGGAAGCAGAAAGAUAAAGAGGAUGCUGCAAUGCUGCAGAAGCUGGAGAAGGUCAUUCGGAGAGAUCUCGGCGCCCGGACCAGCUACUCCAAGUUUGCAGCGGCACAAGGGCUGCAAGACGGCUUGUUCGGUGUCUGCAAGGCCUAUGCUCUGUUUGAUGAGGGGGUUGGAUAUGCACAAGGGAUGAACUUCCUCGUCAUGCCCAUCCUGUUCAACAUGCCCGAGGAGGAAGCUUUCUGUCUCCUGGUCAGGUUGAUGAACCAGUAUCAGCUGCGUGACCUCUUUAUCCAGGACAUGCCCGGCCUCCACAAGCACCUCUACCUAUUUGAGCGGCUAUUGGAAGACUUGGAACCCGCAUUAUACUGCCAUCUCCACCGGCGAGGCAUUUCUCCUCACCUGUAUGCCACUCAGUGGUUCCUGACACUCUUCGCCUACCGCUUCCCGCUUCAGCUUGUACUCCGCAUCUACGACCUAAUCUUCUCCGAGGGUCUAUCGGCGAUUCUCCGGUUCGGCAUCGUGCUCAUGCAAAAGAACGCGGCUGCCCUUCUCACCAUGUCGGACAUGGCUCAACUCAGCACCUUCCUGAAGGACCGCCUUUUCGACGUGUACAUCGAUGCAUCGCCCUCGUCGAACUCGAUCCUGGAGAAUGGGUUUUUCGGCAGCAGCUCAUCUAGCAUCGACAAGGAGGUCUAUCGCGCCGAUCAACUAGUGCGCGAUGCCUGCGAGGUGAAGAUCACCCCGGAGCUCCUGAAAUCCUACACGGUAGAAUGGGAGGAGAAGACAAGGGUAGAGAAGGAGCGGGAGGCCGAGAUCCAAGAGCUCAGGUCUGCAAAUACCGGCUUUGCCAUCAAGGUCCGGCGGCUCGAGGAGCGCAUCGAGGCUGUGGAUCGUGAGCAGGCAGCCCUAGCCACCGAACUCGUGCACACCAAGGUGCAGAACGAGGAGCUCACGGACGAGAACGAGAGCCUCAAGGGCCAGGUGCGUGAGCUCAAAAUCGUCAUCGAAAAACAGCCGAUGGAGAUCGAGGAGACGUGGAAACUGGAGAGGGAUGACCUCAUGAAGCGGAAUGAGAGAGUACACGAGGAGAAUCAGAAGCUGGAGAAGGAGCUCUCGGAGCUGGAAGAGGAGUUGGUCCAGACCAAGAUGCGUUAUGCAGAGAUCAACUCCCAGCACGAGACGCUCACGCGGAGGUGGACUGACCUCAAGCGACAAUUUGAUUGA